UAAACUUGUGCGCUUUAUCUCGUGUUCUGCUUCAUCCUCUGGAUUCUCAUUAUAUCAAUCGCAUUGAAUCUAAUUGUAACAGGUUUGACUCCUAUUAGAUUUGACCGGUUUAAAAGUUAUCUUUUAAAUUUGUUUAAAAAAGUAUUUCUCUUAUAACGUAAGAUAAUAAUUCGUUUGAUGUAACAUGAGAGUGGAAUUAAUAAGAAACUCGCGAGAACGACGACGAUGAUGCUGAUGAUUAUGAGAGACGAUUUUGUGUCGUGUGUGUUGUUAGAUCAAGGUAACAACAGUUGAUCGUGAUUCAUUUUUCGGAAUCAAACUUUAUUAAUGAACAAAUCUUAAUCGAUUAACGACGAUGACAGGAGACAAAAUAAGAAGAAUCGAUUAUUGUUGUACCUUUUGUUGUUCGAGACUGUUAACCAGACCUCUUUCGAUUAUAUUCCUUUUCCUAUUUUUCAUGGAAAUCAGUGUAGCUACUUAUCGUAACUCGUCUAACACGUUUUUGGAAAGAUGUCGGUUAGACUGUACCAUGCAACAGGACUUUGCCAGUUGUGGAAAAUACAAAGCAGCCAGAUGGUUGAACGAAUUUGUUAAAGAAAAGGAGUUCACUUAUGGACCAUUUCGGAUCAUAAGGAUAUCAUCGAUGCAGCAGGAAUCACUUUUGCCGAAAUUACCUCGUUCUAGGAUUUUCAAAAGAAGCGUAUUGGAUACGCUUGAUUUUCUUCGUGACAAUGUCAACGAUCUAUUGACAAAACGUGCGAUCGUUUAUACGGUUGACAAUCCUACUACAAGUGGCAGAAGUUUUACAAGUGGACCGAUGAUAAUGGACGAGGAUGAAUUGCGAGAGUUGCAAGGGAGAAAAGAAACUCAGGGAGACUGGCGUAUCUUUAAGAAGAAAAAAUCGAUGAUAUUGCCACUGUUAAUAUUAUUGAAUCUUUUCAAAUUGAAGCUACUGUUGUUGCCAAUAUUUUUGGGCGUACAUUUCAUCAAGAAACUCUUAGUUUUGGGUUCUUUGAUCGCACCUUCCAUUUUGGCGCAUCUUAAGAUUUGCAAAGUUCAACCACAUCCGACGUAUCCUUAUCACACGUGGGCAACCGCAGCUGAGGCACCUGUUGAUUAUCCUACCGGAUACGGUCACGAUGAAACUGCUUGGGCUCAUAGGAAUGAUAUUCAGGGUCAUCUGGCCUAUCCAGCCUAUCACGGAUAUCGUAAUCCUUACGGUUGAACUUCAGAACAACGGGACAAACUGCAUUUUUAAAUAAUAUACAAAAAUCUCACGCCGAAGAGAUAAUAAUCUCCAUAAGAUCGAACACCUUUGGAUCAAAUAUUAUCGAAGCUUGAUUGAAUGCAUAUAUUUUUUUAUAGAAACAAAUUAUUGUACAAUCCAUAUAUAUUAAAUUAUUUUAUUUAUUUAUUUCACAACCUUUUUUCACACGUCUCCCCGAGAUAAUCGUUUCAUCGAUCGACUCGAUUAAUGCAAUAAGAAUGCAAAAAGAAAAUAAUAUUAAACGAUCAUUCAUCGUC